AUGACUAUUAGUUCAACUUCAAUAUCGAUUUUAAUGUUGACAUCAGUCAGUGCCGAUUGUUAUUGUCAUAUUGCCAAUACCCAAGAACUACCAAGCGUAUUCCACAUUCUUUAUAUAUUAUAUUCUUCCAGAUAUUGCAUUUUAGAUAAAUAGUCUGUGGAUUUAUAAAGCUGGCCAUGAUUCAAUUUUGAUAACAGUGUCAAACGCACCAUAACCUCAAUCAUGCUGUCGGAAGUUGACGUAUUUGUUAGUAAUUAUACUCUCGUUGAUCCAGAAGUUUAUCAACUUUGGGUGGAUGGAUACUCAUCUAGCGAUGCAGUCAACAUUUUACAACAGAGAGGUGUUUGUCAACAGACAAAUGCUCCCAUCGAACUUCUUGCUUCUGAUGUGUUAGAUCACUAUCGUACUUACUCCCUUCUUGACCGAUUACUUCAAACACCCACCAAGCUUGCAAGUGAACAACUGGCAUUUCAAAUUGAACCACAAACUAGCCAAAUGCUCAUCGAGAUGUAUUACGAGUUCAAUGACUGUGUUAUUAGAGAAGUUCUUGGCAAAAAGUUAACUUCCAAAAGUAGAAAAGACAUGGACGAAGUGGCAGAAAAAACAGGCAUCACUCUAAGGAGCUGCCGUAGACAGUAUGAUAACAUAAAAAGGGUAUUUAAAACCGUUGAAGAUAUGCCAGGAUCUUUAGUCACCAAUAUCAAGCAGCAUUUUUUACUUCCAGAAGAGCUUGCGAAACGAUACGCAGCGGUCGUCUUUAUUGCCUGCCUUCGAUUUGAAAUGAACAAACGAAAGCUGCAGUUUCUCACAUUUGCAGAUAUUUACCAUUGUGCAUAUGUCAUGAUGUCUUCCUGGACUUACCGGUAUUCUGGUUCUGAGUAUUUCGAUACAGAUCUCGACCGGGAAUUCCUUUUGGAAUUGCCCGAGUGUAGAGUACUAUUAGAAAAUGAAAAACACCACAAACACUUGGUGUGUAUUAAAUUAAAACCGACGUUACUGGAUCGCUCCUAUCAGGAACUAGAGGCAAAUUUCCGUUCCUACUCGAGGGCAAUUUUAGGAAUCGGGUGCAAUUUACAUCGAUCUAGAGAGCUAAGAUUUUUUUUCUAUGAAUUGGUUGAGCGAUGUGUGGAACCCUGGCGACAAGUCAACUGGACCCACUCGGACCUUCGAAAUUUUUUAGCAGCUUACACACAGUGCGCACUUGACAUGGACGUGCUUAGGGAAAGCGAACUUCGAGAUGCAUUUGAAAGAUUCAUGAAAGUCGUCAGUUGCUGCUUGCUACGCAUGUACCAUGCCUGACUAUCAUUAAUUGAUGGGACAAGUUUGCUCUAAAACUUUCAAAACUUGAGUAUUUUUAUCUGGAUAUUUUAUAGAAUAUUUACUGAAAUUCUAAGAAAAAUCCCUAGGAAUCCCAGGUUUUUACCAGGUAUCUCUAGAUUUUUCCAGAUAUCUUUUUUCCUAAUACGGAGUCAUUCAAGUAUUUCGUAUUUUUAAAUCAAUCGGCCCUACACCCCUUCAAAGUAUUGCAUAAUACUUGAAUAACUGAAAUUUAUUAUUCUCCUAUAAAUUCGGAAUAUUUAUAAAAUUUCAUGAAUUUUGUAUACAUCGGCUCAAGAACUGAAAUAUGAUUUUUUAUACGGACUCGGCCGAACUUGAUUCCACAUUUUAUCGAAAAGUCGAAAUAGAUUUUUAUUCUCAGUCCUUGUAAAUAUAUAAACGUGUAAAAAUGGUACGAUUCACGGUCGUAUAUUCAAAUAUACAAAAAAUUAUUUCUUCAGUUUGUACUUAAAGUCCAUGAAUUUUAAGAAUAAUUAACACAAAUUUUGAUUCGAUCUUCA